AUGGAGGCGGCGUUCGCUAGAUCUCUACCUAUGGCCGGAAACUUCGCAAAACUCUUGCCGACCGGAACUGCUCUCAUGUUCGAAACCCUAAUCCCAUCUUUCUCCAAUGGCGGCGCGUGCACCGAUAAACCCUUCAACAAGCUCCUCACCAUUUCCCUCAUCUCCUUUUGCGCCGCCGCUUGCUUCUUCUCUUCCUUCACCGACUCUUUCGUAGGAGAAGACGGCCGCAUUUACUAUGGAGUUGCCACUGCUAAAGGCCUCUACAUCCUCAGCGACUAUCUCGACGACCACGAGCAUGGUUACGAUCCUGAAUCCGGCUUAACGGCCGACAAGAAACGGAGAUACAAACUGAGUUUUGUUGAUUUCUUGCAUGCUUUCGUGUCGGUGGUCGUGUUCUUGGCGUUAGCCGUAGAGAGUUCGGAUUUUCGGAGGUGUUUGCUCCCGGAGAACAACGACGGCGACGAUUGGGGUGGUAUUAUGGUGAUCUUGAUUAGGUAUCUUGGGGUUAUGGUUGGGACAGUGGCUAGCUUCUUGUUAGCUAUCUUUCCCACAAAACGGAGAGGCAUCGGAUUUACGGGUAUUUAUUGGUAA